GUUUGGUGCAGUGUACGGGACCGUCCCCACUGUUCGCACCGUACUGAGGAUGACCUAGCUUCUCAGCUGUCGGUACCGGACCAUAACACAGCAUCGUCAGGCAUACAGAACUUUCAGGCCAUAAUCGUAACCCCGCUCUGUUUAUAGAGGAAACGCGUCCUUCCGGCAUUGUCUGAGAAGGAAGGGGAAAAUAUUAUGACUUGAUCUUUCCAUUGCUGAUACAACAGGACGAGCACUAAAGAAACACAUGGGAGGCAGGAAGUGUUGCAGGAAGACGGGGUAAAGUCUAGUUCAAGAGACGACAUGCCGGUUUCCAAGGAUAUCGUCAAGCUGGCUGUGGAGAUGCCCGGUCGGGUGGCCCAGUUCUUGGACUUCAACCAACGGAGGCCGUUACCGGACAUCAUCGCUAAGCUGUGCGAUCACUGGGGCCUGGAGAGCCCGGAGGAGUACGCCCUGCAGUAUUCGGACGGCUCCCAGGCGUACAUCACGGAAAAGAACCGCGCGGAGAUUAAGAACGGCGCCAUCUUGCGCCUGACGACUUCCCCGUCCAAGACGGUCCGAGAAAUCCUCGUCCUGCCGACCAAAGACGCCUUGAUGAAGCUAGCGCGCGGUUCGUCUGACACGACAUUCGCCACGGAAUUCGUGUACCGCAAUGGCGUGCCCUUGUUAGUUGACAUGGUGGUAGAGGGCACAGCUACGGGAGAGGCAUUAGCUUACAUACUGACAGCCUUUCUGCAGUUCAUGGACCACGGCAUCCUUCCCUGGAAGCAAUUCAGCGACGACUUUAUACGGAAGAUCAUCGGGUACGUCCUAAGAAGCACCCCGGCCGAGGCUAUGAUUCUGCAACGAUCUCUCGCUAUCUUGGAAUGUGCUAUAUUAAGUAGCGAAGAUCUCUACAAAGCGAUUUCCGCGCAGAUCACAGUGGAGGAGAUUACCCUGCACUUUAAGAGCCCUGUCCCGGAGGUCCAGCUGAAUGCCGUGGCUCUCAUUAACGCCCUGUGGCUCAGGUCCUCCAAAGUCAAGGCCCGAGAGAUCGGUGAGACGCUACAGUUCAAGUACAUCCGAGCGGUCAUGCUGAACUACAUCAUCAGAGGCAGACGGGAGGUGUCCUCGGAAAUGGCUCACCAGCUCCACGUGCUUCAGGUCCUCAUGAUGAACCUGAACGAGGACCGGAUGUACACCAAGAUCAACCCGAGCGACACCGCACACUUGGAGAAGCUGUACGAACUCUCCCACAUCGCCUUCGGAAGAGACAGCGAUUCGGAAGCGUUCGGCUCCUCAUCGAACCCUGGCGGAAACGCACGAACACAGGCGAGGAAAGGCCGAGGCGUCUCCGACAGAGCGCAACUCGAGUUCAAGAAACUGGGAUUCUCGAAUCUCGCCAAUCCGUUGAUGGACUUCACAAAGAGACCGCCAGGGGUCCUUGCGUUGGAUUGUAUAGUCUACUUCGCCGCGAAUUAUCCGGACUCGUUUACCAGGCUUGUGUUGGAGAACUCGUGUAGGCAGGACAACUACGUGUGUCCGUUCGCACGGACGUCCAUUGAUAUGACCAAACUGCUGUGCAAGAUGCUUAAGAUCGGAGAACUCCCCUCCGAGACGGGAACGGAGUAUUACCCCAUGCUGUUCACCCAGGAGAGCCCCCUAGAGGAGUUAUUCUGUAUCUGCAUCCAGCUGCUGAACAAGACCUGGAGAGAGAUGCGCGCUAUGGAUGAAGACUAUGACAAGGUUAUGGACGUGGUGAGAGAGCAGAUGACACUGGCACUGUCAGAAAAACCUGACACCAUGGACCGCUUCCGGGCCAUCUUACAGGAGCUGGACUAUCACCAGAUCAUCAAGAUCCUCCAGGACAGGAGAGCCUCCAUGUUGGAGACGAACACGGAUCUGGAACCUUUCUGUGAGCUUCGGGAGGACAAGCGGCCAGAGGUAUUAGACUUGGUCAGAAAACAUCGUCUCAACGCCUUGGUCGAAGGGACCAUCUUCAACAAGGUGACGACUAGAAGGUCCAAGGACAAGUUUUGGUACUGCCGCCUAGCGCCUAACCACAAGUGCCUACACUGGGGCGACGUCCCCGACUCAGCAAAACCGCCACUUCCUGUAGAAAUGCUGCCGGAGAUGCUACCUGUUUCCGACAUCAAGGGGCUGGCCGUUGGUAAGGAGUGUCCGCAUAUCAUGAAGGAAGGGAAGAAGGAGAAGAAAGAGAGCUUAGCGCCGCUGGCCUUUUCAGUCCUGUACGACCCCGAUGCGUCUUUGAACUUUUUGGCGCCAAAUGACUACGUGUACGACCUGUGGACAGACGGGAUCAGGGCGCUUCUCGAACAGGAAAUGACGUCAGAGCUUGCGCAGAAGGACAUGGAGAUCCUUCUGGGGAUGGAGAUGAAGUUGGCCCUGCUGGACACAGAGGGAAUCCCCGUGCCCAACCAGCCACCGCCCAUUCCGGACGAUCCCACGGACUACAACUUCUGUUGCGAGUGAUAAUUCCAAUUUGCCAACUUUAUGAUCUGAUGUUAAGCAAUAUGAAGUCUUGAAAAAAAUCACGGACAGAAAUAAAACUUGGUCGACCAAUUCUUCAGUCUUCGUCAGGUAUU